AUGCCGUUUGUGAACCCUUUCGCGAAGGAGCAAAAGUCCUUCCCUGGGGUCCUAAUACCACUGUCCGGUGGUUCGCCAACAAGUAAAAUCCCAGCAAAAAAGAAAUCUGUAGGCGGCACUUUUGAUGAAGAGGGUGCUGCCAGCCCUCCACCGGAAUAUGAGACCGAAUUAACCCUUGAAGCUCUGAGAGCUGAAGUUGAGGCUGCUGUUGUAUCCACCGGUCAGGAUACCGCAUACGACAGAAAGUCCAUGGUCAUUAACAGAGCAGUUCAAGAUAUUGGAAUGGGCCGCUACCAAUGGCAACUGUUUGUCUUGUGUGGAUUUGGCUGGUUCGCAGACAAUCUAUGGCUUCAAGGUGUUGCUCUCACACUACCGAAACUAUCUCUUGAAUUCGGCGUUAGCGACUCCCAUGUUCGAUUCACUACCUGUGCUUUGUUUAUCGGCCUUUGCCUAGGAUCCGUCUUCUGGGGAACUGCUUCCGACAUCAUCGGUCGUCGUCUUGCUUUCAAUAUGACUCUAUUCCUAUGCGGUGUUUUCGGAAUAGCAGUCGGUGGUAGCCCAACGUGGAUCGGUGUUUGUGCUAUGUUUGCCUGUCUCGGCCUAGGCGUUGGUGGAAACCUACCUGUUGAUGGCGCAUUGUUCCUCGAGUUUCUUCCCUUUGCAUCUGGAAACCUCCUGACAAUGCUUAGUGUAUGGUGGCCUGUGGGUCAACUGGUUGCUAGUCUUAUCGCAUGGGGUCUUGUACCAAAGUAUACUUGUGCUGAGGGUCUACCUUCAUGCCAUCUUGCUCCUGCUCCAUGCUGUGCUAAGGAAGACAACAUGGGAUGGCGAUACUUCACCUAUAUCCUUGGAGUUCUCACAUUCCUCAUGUUCUUGUCUCGUUUCUUCCUAUUCCACCUCUAUGAGUCUCCCAAGUUCCUCCUUUCUCGUGGACGUCAGGAAGACGCCGUCGCCGCCGUACACGGCAUUGCACAUAAGAAUGGAGCAAAAACUUGGCUUACCGUUGACAUUCUCAACGAGAUUGGAGGACACCCCGAUGAAGUACAAAGCCAAAAGCUGAGCACUACUGAGAUUAUCAAGAGACAAUUAAACAAGUUCUCUGGAGAGCGUAUCGCACCACUCUUCGCAACCAAGAGACUUGGAUUGACCACUGUCCUUCUUUGGUUCUGCUGGGCAACCAUCGGAAUGGGUUAUCCUCUUUUCAACGCUUUCUUGCCACAGUACCUUUCUCAGGGCGGUGGUGACAAGUACCCACCCCCAACCACCUAUACCGUUUACCGUGACUAUGCCAUUACUUCUAUUGUCGGUGUUCCUGGAUCUCUGAUUGCCUGCUACACAGUCGACAUUCCUUAUAUUGGACGUAAGGGUACCAUGGCCAUUUCCACCCUGAUCACUGGAAUUAUUCUUUUCUGCUUCACUAUUUCGCCGGAUCCAAAAAUCCGCCUGGCUUGCACCUGUCUCGAGGCCUUCUUCCAAAAUAUCAUGUACGGUGUUCUAUACGCCUACACCCCCGAGGUUUUCCCAGCACCCAACCGUGGUACUGGAACUGGUAUUGCCAGCUGCCUCAACCGUAUUUGCGGCCUGCUAGCACCUAUUGUUGCCAUCUACGGCGGUGACACAAACCCUAAGGCACCUGUGUAUGCCUCCGGUGGCCUAAUGUUGGCUGCAUUUGCUGCCAUGGUACUGCUUCCAAUCGAGACCAGAGGCAAGGCAUCCCUCUAA